GCCGUCUUGGCUUCCAACCAACGCAAACCAAACAAAACCAAUUUCAGAGGCGCAGAAGAAAACAUCAGCAGCUAUGGCGGCAACCAUGUCUUCUCCAUGGGCUAAGGCUAAGCCCGGUGCUUGGGCUCUGGACGCCGAGGAACAUGAAGCUGAACUUCAAAAGCAGGAACAAGACCAAGACAACAAUAACGAAAUCGCCGAUUUCCCAUCCUUAGCGACCGCCGCCGCCACCAAAACCAAGAAGAAAAAGGGUCAGACUCUCUCCUUAGCGGAGUUUAACUCCGUUAGCCAGCCGAAUCAGUCAAGCCGACCACAGGGUCUUACUUAUGAAGAUCCCCUCGUCCUUCCCACCGGUCCGCGUCAGCGUUCCGCUGAAGAACUCGAGCGCUCUCGUCUCGGUGGCGGCUUUAGAAAUUACGGCCCCAAUAAUAGAUACAGUAAUAAUUCUUUUGGUUCUAAUAACAGUGAAGAUUCGUCUGGCUCUCGUUGGGGCUCUUCUAGGGUUUCUAAUAGGGAUGCGAAUAGAGAAUCUCAACCGUCACGUGCCGACGAGAUCGAUAAUUGGGCUGCAGCUAAGAAGCCUGCCCCCGUCACGAGGAGUGGGGGUUUCUUUGAUUCGCAGCCAUCCAAGGCUGAUGAAAGUGACAGCUGGGUUUCGAACAAGACAGAAACUCGGAGCCGAUUUGGAUUCAACAGUGGUGUUGAGAGGAAGAGUAGUUUUGAUUCCUUGUCGAGAGAUAGAGAUAAUUGGGGGAAGAAAAGAGAGGACAAUAGUGAGACUGAGAGGCCGAGGCCAAGGCUAUUUUUGCAGCCACGUUCGUUGCCUGUGAGUGACGGAGGUGCGAAUAUUGUGAAACCUAAGGGGGUGAAUCCAUUUGGAGAGGCCAGGCCGAGAGAGCAGGUGUUGGCCGAGAAAGGGAUGGAUCCAAAGGAGAUUGAUGAGAAGCUCGGGGCGGUGAAGAUUAAAGAGGAGAAGGCUGAUACGCCCUCAUUUGUGAGGAGGGGAUUCGGUAAUGAGCGUGGUGGGUUUAAUGAUGGCAGGAGUUGGAGGAAGAAUGACUCUGACUCGGCUGAUUCAACAAGGCAAAGUGCUGAGAGAACCGAGAAUGGACAUACUGAUGUAAAAGUUGAGAAUGGGCAUGCUGAGGAGGAACUUGACAUUUGACAACGGACAUGUUGAUGAGAAUUGAGUAUAGAGAUUGACAAAAUAGAAGCAUAAUGUGUUGAAUUCUUCUACUGUUAAUCAACUUGUCUAUUUUUAUUAUUUUGCUACAGUGGGAUGCCGUAAUUAGACAAUUUUGGUAGGCUUUCAAUUAGUGACACUAGUUUGGCCAGUUGGGCUUGUUCUGUAGUGAGUGUUCCAUUUUAGAUCAUCUAUGUUGUUAUUGUUAUGAUAUUAAAUUAUUGAACUCUGUUUUACCUUU